AUGGAGCCGUUCACCUGCUUCAUGGACGUGGAAAACUCCCGCUCCUACAUCGACGAGCUGUACUCGGAGGAAAACUGCAAAUGCCAGGAAGCGAUCGUCUGCCUGAAGAACGCCGUCAUCGGCUCGAACAAAAAGAAGGGCUCGAUCAUAUCACAGGGCAUCGUGCCGCGGCUGAUUGCGCUGCUGUGCAAUGCCGGCAAGCCGCUGCAGCUGCGCAUCGACGCCGGCAUCGUGCUGGGCUCGCUGGCCAAGGGCACCGAGUCGCAGGUCCACUCGCUGAUGCGCUUCAACAUCGUCGAGGUGCUGAUAACGAUCAUCUUCGACCCGAGCACGAACGAGCGGCUGAUGGAGGCGUGUCUCGGGGCGCUACAGACGAUCGUGCAGUAUCCGUUCGCGCCGCUCGAUCUACUCCACUCGGACAUUAACAACAUCAAGCGUUUGAUACAAAUCGCCUCACCCCGCAGCAGCUUCGCCUGCCAGAUGUACGUGGUCAACAUCUUCGUUCCUCUCUGCCACUCCUCGCACCAGCAGAAGAGCCUGUGCCAGGCGGAGGUGAUACCGUUCCUUGCCCGGCUCAUGAUCUGCGACAACACCACGCUGCAAGUACCUGCACUGAAAUGCUUGGCCGCGAUGUGCUUCACCAACAAAUCCGUCUCGAACAUCGUGCACGCGACGUACCACGCGGACCGGUCGAUACUGGACAUACUGACCGCGCUGCUGUCGCGGACGCGCGACGUCCAGGUGCAGCUGUCGGCCAGCCGGUGCCUCACCUACCUGCACCGGGCCGGUUCGCUGCCGGCCGAGGACUACCGGAUCGUGUACAAAACGCUGCCCUGCCUGGCCCGCCUCUGCUCGGACGAGUUCGAGGAGGAUACGCGCGCGACGGCGGCCGAAACGCUCGCCUACCUGGCGGAGAUCGAUUCCGAGCUGCAGCGGCUGGCCGCGAUCAGCAACCAUCUGAUAGUGUCGCUCGCCAAUCUGGUCAAGUGCCCGUCGGUGCUGUCGCGGCAGGGUGCAUUCCGCUGCUUCGCGUCGCUCGCGGCCAACGACGAGGAAAUCCGGAAGCGCAUCAUCGAGAUGGACGGGCUGAUGGAGGAGGUGCUAAGCGGACUGAAGGACGGCUGUGCGGAGGUGCGACUAUCCGCGGUACGGUGUCUUCACUCACUGUCGCGCUCGGUGCAACUACUGAGAACCACUUUUCAGGAUCACUCGGUAUGGCGCCCGCUGAUGGAUUUGCUGUCCGGCGAACCGUCGCUGGAGCUGCAAACUGUCGUCACGUCGACGAUCUGUAACCUACUACUAGAAUUCUCACCUGCCAAGGAACCGAUGCUCGAAUCCGGCGCCGUCGAGAUGCUCUGCGAGCUAACGAAACAUCCCGACCCGGCGCUCCGGCUGAACGGCAGCUGGGCAUUGAUGAACAUGGCGUUUCAGGCCGAACAGCACGUGAAAACAAAGAUAAUCAACACACUAGGAACGGAUAGGAUAUUUCAAUUGCUUGGCGAUAGGGACGAGCGCGUGAUCAUGAAAACGCUGGGACUGUUGCGCAAUCUGCUGAGCAAUACGCUCCACAUCGAAACGAUCAUGUCGGAACACUCGAGUGAAGUUUUGCGAGCGGUGAGUCUCGUGCUGGACGAUCCGCAUCCGCCGGAGGUAAAGGAGCAGGCGAUAAUCAUCAUAGGCAACAUAACGGCCGGCGCACGGGACGAGGAUUAUGUGCUGCAGGAUGAAAAGAUUGUCAAAAAGAUUAGGGAUUUUUUGGUCGCCAACGACAAUAAACUACAGAUGGGCGCGGUGUUUGUGGUACGGAAUCUGCUAGAGAAGAGCGGCCGACAGCAGAUACUGCGGCAGUGGGGUUUUCUGGAAAAUCUCGAACAGCUGCUACGCAUGACACCGCAACACUCGCAGUUCUAUGAGGACAUACGGGAUGAAAUUUUAAGGUUUGAAUACUCAGAAGACCAUUGAAGAAAACCUUUUUGUUGUUAUUGUUUUGUUACUAUUAGUUUCUCCUUCCUGUUGUUUCCGGUCAAAGCUCCUGAGUUGUCUUUGUAUGUGCCCAUCGGACCGGACGGGGCUUGUGUUUCCCGUUCUUUCCGUGUAUGUGUGUGUUUUGUUCCCAUCUGUUCUCUCUUAAUCACUCUCCCUUAAUAGUUUCAUCUGCUCGGUGGUGUAACAAAUGCGCAAAAUGUGAUGAAAUUUAAUUUCUCCAUGUUAGUGCGCACUUUUACUGCUUUCCCGCCAUUUUACACAUACUACUGAAGGCAGAUACAGUUUUAGCUACCGCUGGAUAAUAGAUUUCUAGUAUCUCUUGAUGGAUCGAAGCUCUAGGAAACACCUUUACCUACACUUACACAAACCUUGCGUACCGGAAAAAAAGAUAUUUGUGUCACAGCGGAAGAUCGAAGACAAAUCAAAUGCUAACGAUUUUUUUAAAUGUUUCUAGCGGAAGCUCUACGAAGAAAAGCUUGUAAAUAUUUCCCGAGAUAUUCUUCAAGAAGCGUCGAAAGUGGAAUGAACAAACAAACAAACAAAAACAAAAAACCAUGUCGAAAUUAGAGAAAUGUAAAACAUCUUCCCCGCACUCGAAACCAGGUUCGCUACACGCGGUCUGGUUUGUCGCAGAGCGCUUGUUAAGUUUACUCUAAUUUUAUUAAUUUAUUUAGGAAACGAUUUCAAAAACAAAAUUAACCAACCAGCACGGACAAACUUACCAUUGAAAUCCAGUGAAAUGUUCCACCAGUGUACAUUGAAAAGAAAAGCGAUGGCAAAAGGGAAACAAAACACAUUUGCAUUUCUUCACCAGAGAGAUUACAUUCAUUCAUCCACCUUUUUUUGUUAUCAGAACACGUAAAAGAUCGCCAAGUCGCGCGAAGAGAGCGGUCAAGAGUCAAGAGCAAACGUCGCAUUUUUAAUGCGGUUUACCAUUUUUCUUUCCAUAACCAGAGAAUUGUAUAGAAUGCUAAAAAAGCAAAAGCAAAAACAAAAACAAAAAUCUUUCUCCACUUCCGGUACUUUACCCGGUAACUUCCGAAACACGAAACGAUGAUGAUAUGUGUAUCUGUAAACGGAAUGUGAAUGUGAUCGUUGUUUUGUUUUUAUUGUUGUAGCAGCAGGGAAACAAAUAUGCCCCAUUCUUCCCCCUCCGUCGUAUAUUGAUGCGAACAUUGUGAAUGUGGCAACAAAACGUAUAUGAGGGGAAGCAUGUGCUGAGAUGAGGAAAGGAGAAGCGACACGCAAACAAGAGAAAAGAAGAGAAAAGCAGAGAUACAUAAUAAAACGGUUGAAAACAUACGGACAAACUGA